CCCUCCGCGGCACGCUGCGACCAACGACGCUACCCGCUGUAUAUAGUGGAAAGGGAGAGUGGUAAGGGGAACGGCUGCAGCGCAAGCAAGUCUGGUCAAGUUGCAGUGCACUUUCGUCGGCGACGAUCAGUGUCAUGAGCGAGGGCACGUUUGCUGGUGACAAGAAAGCUAACAGAGACCCUAUUUGUUUGCUUGCCCCUCACCUGCACAGCAGCCUCCAAGAGCUAGCCGCCCUGCGGACCAGCGGGCAACCUGUGCCCAGCGAAACAUGGAGCUCUGUGGAAGCCAUUGCCCAGAAUCUCGCUGCCACUUGGGACGAGGACGUAGAAUGGGAGGCCAUAGCUGACCUCUUUCGCUUCUUGCGAAAUGCUUUCGCUGGUUCCCCCGGAAAUGCGGCCGCUGCAACCAGGAAUGAUGUGCUAAUGCAAAGUCUAAAGACUCUGGUGAAGGGCCUCUGUGAGCUUCACAUCAAGGAUGCAUCCCAUGCUGAGUGUGUGGUUGGGCUUCGAUGCAGUUUACAGUGCCUGGGUAACCUUGUGUGUAGUCACCAGUCCAGUGAGACCCUUGUGUGGGAAUUGCUGAUGGCACAGGAAUCCCAAAUGUGCACAGCCCUUCUUAGAAGUCCUGACGUCAAAGUGCGGCAAUACUGCAGUAUGGUUUUAUACAACUGCCUUUCACCAGCACGCAUGGAGAGUAUCUUAAAAUCGACUGGUUCUGUGGGCACAAUAGAGAGCCUUGCGGACAUGCUGGUCAACACCGAGUCUGAAUGGAGCCUCUUCAUAUUGGAGCGGCUACUUCAGCAUCAUGACUUGGUGACAGUCUUCCAAAAGUUGUCUGCUCGCUGCAGGUGUGUACUGCUGGAUAUUGCUGCUGACGACCUUAUGAAGAAACAAGGUGAAGAUGCACCAAUUCCAAUCUCCUUACCUUUCUUAGAGCAUGCUCAAAGUCAGCUGUUGGAGAGGGUAUGGACCAUGACGAAAUGCUUGGAGGCAGCAGCUGCUGGUGACCCGGAGAUUUCAGAGAUUUGUAAGCUGUUGAAGGUCUUAUGUUUGGCCUCUGCAAAUGAGGAAUUCAAGGGUUCUUUUGCUGAUGGUUCGGAGCUUCUUGCAACUGCAUUGGAGGUAUUGAAGACAGUUCACCUUCUUGGUCAAUCAAGCCAGAAUGCAUUUACACCUGCACCGCGCUUGGAUGACUUCAGUGCUGUUGAGAAGGGAGCCUUGGAGUUGACUGGUCACCACAGCUUCGGCUUCAAGCGGGAUCUUGUUCAACUCAUUGGCAACAUGUGUCAUCAGAACAGGAAACAUCAAGACAUGAUAAGGAACUUGGAUGGCAUUCCCCUCAUACUGGAUGUUUGCAAUUUAGAUGCCAAAAAUCCCUUCAUAAUACAGCAUGUCAUCUUGGCCAUCAGGAACCUCAUGGAAGCAAACCCAGAGAACCAGGCUGUUGUGGGAAGUCUGGUUCAGCAGGGUGUGGUCACUGAUUCUCCUCUGAUAAAAGAAAUGGGCAUCAACAUUCAAUAAAAGUAGUUCGAUAGCAGCCACUUUCAUGUGGAUCCUGGAUCCAUACUGGUUAUCGGCUGUGUCCGCAAUACUGCCAAAGGUUUUUUUAAGAGCGUGCAGGUGGCAGCAAAGAAUUUGUUUCCUUCAUAACGCUUUAUUCAUCGCUGUCAAAACGUUUAUUCUCGCUGUCAAAACGCCGGAGUGAGAAUGCGUGGCAGCAGCAGCGAGAGAAUUAACCUUCGUGCUGUCUCUCGCUUCCAACGCGAUCUAAGUAGCGAGAACACAGCGCACACGAAGCUAUCAGCACUGGGCGCACUAUGUCCCCAUCGCAGAUCACUUUCAAGAGAACACCCGCGCGGCCGCGCCGUAAGCAGCCGUCGCCCGAGUAGAACGCCCGCCCCCCUUCCUCGUAAGACGCCACGCCUCCUCCCCGCUUUCCUCCCUUGCGCGCGCGAGAUUGAGCCAUCAUCGUCGGCUCACAUUCGCACGCUUUCACUCGCGCAUAAAGCAUACGGCGCGGCGACGAUGUUAUCGCCCUUUGACUUUGUACAGAACAUCGCGGCGACGACGACGGCAGAACUACCCCUGGAGUGACCAUAUAAUUGUUGUCACAAUAAAAAGAAAAACGAGUGAGUGUCUGAUAGAUGGUGCACAAUGGCGACCGAUAUUCUUAAGGUCAGCUUCGCCUUACUACUGUUAGAGUUGGCUGCGCCGCAAUAGAAGUAUGCUAUGCGGUAAAGCAUACGAACGUUGUGAAGGCGAUUUUGGUUUCGGAUCCGAUUGCACCCCAUAAAAAGAUUUCAGCCCGAUCUUUCCGAAAAAUAUAAAAAUCGCGCGUUAGAAUCGGGUAAAUACAGCGAUCACACAUUGUGAGUGGUAGUUUAUGCUACCGUCACGUCACGUCACGUCUCACGUCAAAAACAGGCGUUUUCGACGUGAGAUUAUUACGGGUGUUUAACGCAUUGUGUGUUCAACGCACGUGUGUUCAACGCAAACACGCUGCCACUAAAGCGGUUGCUCGUUCAGCCUCCAUGGGAGUCAGGCGCGUGUGUGCCGACUGGUAAAGUUCGAAUUAUCCGUCAAAGGCAAAUUCUUGUAUCGAAAUAACGAUAGUUUGUGCCCAUAGAAAUUCAUGGGCGCCGGCCGGCAACUAUAGUCGAGGUUGAAUUAAGCGGAGUCGAAUGAACUGAAGUCUAAUGUCGUGGUUUGACAGGAUUUAUAGCAAAUGAAGACGGUUAUAGCAAUAGCUGACUUAAUGUAUGCAAUUAAAAUGUUUCCCAUAAACUUAUCGAUUAAAAGGUUACCCAAGGAGUGUCUUCUGAUAUUGAGUUUGUCACUGAUCGUUAGACAAUUUCUAAUGUCUGUGACUGCCAUAAAUAAUGUAGCAAACACUGCAUUCAGGUUAGGUAGUACGAAUCUAUUGCUGUUGGCAGCACGGAACUCGCUGGAAAAAGCAAGGACAUGUUCGUGUACCUCCUUCAUAUGUUGCAGUGCUUGCGUCUGUCCCUUGUGCUUCCGUCUAUAUUGUGCUGUAUAUAGCCAUGAAUAACGCUUUGCUGAUUAAACAUAUCACUUAUCACAACUGCAGUGCGUUUAUGAAUGCUUGGCAUUCUUUGCCUAAACACCUGGUAUACAUUUAAGAAUAAGAUUGAAUCCACCAUGUUCUCUGAAACUAUUCUUAACCUCUUGUGCUUAUGUCUCCCAGCAGAGAUUGAAUGGAUUCUUGUGGUUGCGCAGAGAAGCACUGUAUUGUACUCGCAGAAUGGAACGCGCCAAUUUAGGACUAACUGGCACCCAUACAUUCGUUUCCACCAUCUCUAGUUCGUGUGAUAUUGGUGUAAUUUUGGCUCAUACCCUUAGAUUAGAGUUCACAUCACCUUUAGUGAUCAAGUUCGUAGCAGCGUUACAUCGCACUCUGGAGUAAUUGCAUAUAUGUAGUGUUUGACUUCAAAGUCCUUUUUUGGCGCGUUUCACUGUGUUAUUGCAGUACCUACACCAUGGAGGAGUAGAAAAGGGAUUGGAGACUUUGAAAGGCAGCUUGUGCGAUGCAUCUCACUUAGGAUGGAGGUGCCUAAACCAGAAAGGGAAAGUGAAAGGAAAGAGUAGGGUAGUACUUAGCAGCAUACACUAGUAUCUGGCUAAUGUUUGCUUUUGAAAACAUGUUUUCCUGGAAGGCGAUUACAACAACAGCACACGGUGACAGCAAUAUUAAAUUAUGGGGUUUUACGUGCCAAAACCACUUUCUGAUUAUGAGGCACGCCGUAGUGGAGGACUCCGGAAAUUUUGUCCACCUGGAGUUAUUUAACAUUCACCUAAAUCUAAGUACACGGGUGUUUUCGCAUUUCGUCCCCAUCGGAAUGCGGCCGCCGUGGCCGGGAUUCCAUCCCGCGACCUCGUGCUCAGCAGCCCAACACCAUACCACUGAGCAACCACGGUGAUUACAUCCACGACCAUUCCAUCGGUGACAGCAAUAUACUGAGAAAAAAAAAAUAUGCAGGACAGUGUCCUGACCUGUGUGUGUGUCUGUGUGUUGCCUUCUCAUUUGUGCUGGUGUCAUAAUAAACCUCAACCAUGUUGUUAAAGUUUAAUUACACUUUGUUAGGGUCCCUUGAAGUGUACAAAUUUCUUUUCCAAAACUGUCUAUCUUAGAAGCAGUGGCGUAGCGAGGAAUAUUUUUCGGGAUGGAGGGGGGGGGGGCGGCACUUCCCGGUGUGCUCCCUUUCCCCUUAGCUACGCCCUUGCUUAGAAGCAUUUCAAAUAUUCAAUUUCCACGUGGCCAUUUCGUUGCUGUAUGAAAUGUACAUGCUUCCUUCGUGGUUAUUUGACCUUUAAGAUGUUACAAUUGGAAUAGAAUUGUUACAUUUCUCAGCACUGUGUAACCUCUAUUUGUAGAGAGGGCUUCUUUGCGUGGUUGUGCUGAGGCAAAGCCAAAGUUCUGUUCACUGUAUCGUUGGGCUUUUCUGAGUACAUUUGCGCGUUGCAAGAAGCCACCCUUAGAAUUUGUGGAUGAUGCUAGGUGAGUGGUCGAAAACGGCUUGAUUCUGUACAUUUCUUCGGGAAACGGCAAUAUUUCUGAAAGAGCUACCCGAUUUACUUCCAAUAACAAUCGUUUGCGUCCAAUGCCGAAGACUAACUACGGAUUGAGACGUUCUUAUUUCUUGUUACUUUGACCACAGAUACUGCACAGAAUAAAUAAUUAAAUUGGAUAUUAUAUGAGGUCCCCCUCAGUCCAAUCUUUGACUAUAGGACCUCCUCCUGUAUAUACCAUGUACAUGUAAUGUGUUUUAUGCAUAAUAAAAACGAUUGUGGUAAUUGAAAAUUCA